CACAGCUUUGACAACUGAUCCAAAAAUCAUUUUAAAUUAGGCCUACCUAUCCUGAAAUGUACUGUCACUACAUCACCGAAUCACGUGUUUCCUGGCACCUGCAAUCCUCCGGUGAAUAAGUGAUCAGAGACAGGAAAUACAGACAGCUCGACUAAAAAAAAGAUACUCAGAUAUCUUCAGGUAAUGAAAGCGGACGCACGGUCAUGAUUCCCAUUCAGCAUCAAGAUGAUGUGAAAUUCAUUGCAGGCCGCUCACCGCAUCUCAUCCGCCCAUCCCCUCCUGCCCGCUGUCACUUACAGUAGUGGUGAUGCUGCUCCCUGGUGUGUAGAGGAGGAGAGAGAGCGUGUCCGCUGCCCAAUGACAGCGCAGGAUGCUGAGAGAGGCUGCUGGGGUGAAUGGAGGCGACAAGAUGCCGUCUAGAGCGGCGAAGGGAAGGAUUUAACAUCGAUAAAGAUCUGAUUUUGAUGUGCUCCACCUAUUAAGGCAUGAAAUAAGUCACCCAUGUGCGGUUCAGAGAGUCAGAGCAGUCUCAUUUCAGCGCGCCCCUGUUAAGGACCCUCUGGUGGCUACACCGCCGAUUCACAGGACAUGUACGGCAGUGCCAGAGCUGUAGGCCAUAUAGAGAGCAGCCCCGCACGGUCCCCGCGCCUGCCAAGGUCCCCCAGACUGGGCCAUCGGAGGGCCAACAGCGGGGGCGGGGGUGGUGCGGGGGGCAAGACGCUCUCCAUGGAGAACAUCCAGUCCCUCAACGCUGCCUAUGCCACUUCGGGGCCCAUGUACCUGAGCGACCACGAGGGCGUGGGCUCAACUGCCACCUACCCAAAAGGCACUAUGACUCUGGGUCGUGCCACCAGCCGGGCCAUGUACGGGGGCCGCGUCACAGCCAUGGGCAGCAGUCCCAACAUCGCUUCAGUGGGGCUGCCCCAUGCUGACCUUCUGUCUUACAGUGACCUGGGCUCCCUCUCCAUGCUGCACCCCCACCACCACCAGGGGGUGCCCUCCGCUCUGCUGAGGCAGGCGGUGCGGGGCAGUGGGGGGGAGCUGCUGGAGAUGCAGGCCCAGCUCAGGGAGAUGCAGAGGGAGAAUGAGCUGCUGCGCAGGGAGCUUGACCUGAAGGACAGUAAGUUGGGAUCUUCUACCAACAGCAUCAAAAGCUUCUGGAGUCCUGAGCUGAAGAAGGAGCGGAUAAUGAGGAAAGAAGAGGCAGCACGCACAUCAAUCCUUAAGGAGCAGAUGAGAGUCACUCAUGAGGAGAACCAGCAUCUCCAGAUGACCAUCCAGGCUCUGCAGGAUGAGCUGCGCACACAACGAGACCUCAACCACCUGCUGCAGCAGGAGAGCGGCAACCGCUCUGGUUCGGAGCACUUCACCACCAUCGAGCUGACAGAGGAGAACUUCCGUCGACUGCAGGCCGAACAUGACAGGCAGGCCAAGGAGCUUUUCUUGUUGAGAAAAACCCUGGAGGAGAUGGAGCUGAGAAUCGAGACCCAGAAACAGACAUUGGGUGCUAGAGAUGAGUCCAUUAAGAAGCUGCUGGAGAUGCUGCAGAGUAAAGGGCUGCCCCCAGGGCCCGGCAGGGUGUCUGAGGAGGAGGAGCAGGAGAGAAACAGGCGCAUUGCUGAGGCAGAGGCCCAGCUCGGACACCUGGAGGUCAUUCUGGAUCAGAAGGAGAAGGAAAACAUCCAUCUGCGAGAGGAACUGCACAGGAGAAAUCAGCUGCAUCAGGAUCCAAGCAAAACCAAGGCCCUGCAGACUAUCAUAGAGAUGAAAGACACCAAAAUUGCCUCUCUGGAGCGCAACAUUCGAGAUCUGGAGGAUGAGAUCCAAAUGCUCAAGGCAAACGGUUUACUGAACACAGAGGACCGAGAGGAGGAGAUCAAACAGAUGGAGGUCUACAAGAACCACUCUAAGUUUAUGAAGACCAAGAUUGACCAGCUGAAGCAGGAGUUGUCAAAGAAGGAGUCGGAGCUGCUGGCUCUGCAGACAAAACUAGAGACCCUCAACAACCAGAACUCAGACUGCAAACAGCAUAUCGAGGUGCUGAAAGAGUCUCUCACUGCCAAGGAGCAACGUGCUGCCAUCCUGCAAACAGAGGUGGAUGCUCUACGUCUGCGUCUAGAGGAGAAAGAGUCCUUCCUUAACAAGAAAACCAAGCAGCUGCAGGACCUGACGGAGGAGAAGGGCACUCUUGCUGGAGAAAUCAGGGACAUGAAGGACAUGUUAGAGGUCAAAGAAAGGAAGAUCAAUGUCCUGCAGAAAAAGAUUGAGAACCUGCAGGAGCAGCUGCGGGACAAAGACAAGCAGCUGGGGAACCUGAAAGACAGGGUCAAGUCUCUGCAGACCGACUCCAGUAACACAGACACUGCCCUGGCCACGCUGGAGGAGGCGCUGUCGGAGAAGGAGAGGAUUAUAGAACGUUUAAAGGACCAAAGGGAGAGAGAAGACAGAGAACGUCUGGAAGAAGUGGAGUCCUAUAAGAAGGAGAACAAGGAUCUCAAGGAGAAGGUCAACAGCCUGCAGAUAGAAUUAACAGAGAAAGAGUCCAGUCUCAUUGAUCUCAAGGAGCAUGCUUCAUCCCUGGCAUCUUCUGGCCUCAAGAAGGAUUCAAAGCUCAAGUCACUGGAGAUUGCCAUCGAGCAGAAAAAAGAGGAGUGUAGUAAGUUGGAGACGCAGUUGCAAAAGAAGGCCCACGAAGUGGAGCAGCAGUCGGGCUCCAGGGGGAACCCGGAGUAUGUGGACCGAGUGAAGCUGCUCGAGAAGGAGGUGAACUACUACAAGGACGAAGCCAACAAGGCUCAGACGGAGGUGGAGAGACUCCUGGACAUCCUGCGAGAGGUGGAGACCGAAAAGAAUGACAAAGACAAGAAGAUUGCUGAGUUGGAAAGACAAGGAGGCAAAGACCAGACUAAGAAGGGUCCAAAUAUCAAACUGGGACCCCAGGGGGACAAGAAAGGCCUAGGACAGGACCUUCGUAAGGACAGCUCCAUGGAGAGUGGACACCACGUAAAGUUGGAGGAGCUGAUGAACACACUGGAGAGGACGAGGCAGGAGCUGGACGCCACCAAGCAACGUCUCUCCUCCACACAGCAGUCUCUGCAGGAGAGGGACACCCACCUCACCAACAUGAGACAAGAGCGCAGAAAACAGCUGGAGGAGAUACUAGAGAUGAAACAACAAGCUCUGCUGGCAGCCAUCAGUGAGAAAGAUGCUAAUAUUGCACUGCUGGAACUGUCUGCCUCCAAUAAAAAGAAGACCCAAGAGGAGGUGCUGGCCCUCAAGAGGGAACGGGACAAACUGAUGCACCAGCUCAAACAACACACACAAAGCAGAAUGAAGCUGAUUGCUGACAACUACGAAGAUGAUCAAUAUCAUCCACAUGGUCCUCACCACGCCCAGCCUCAGCCCCCGCACCCUCAGCCUCAGACCCAGCCCCAGUAUCCCCACCCUCAACAUGCCCAGCAGCCUCCGUAUCCACAUGCCCCUCACACACAACACCCACAGCACCCACAGCACCCACAGCAUCCACAGCACCCACAACACCCACAACAUCCACAACACCAACAGGCCCCACCACAGCACCCUCAUCCACAGCAACCACAACCGCAGUACCCUCACCCUCCUCAUCCACAGCACCCACAGCACCCCCAACCUCCUCCCCAGCACCAACAGCACCCACGUGCGCCACAGCCUCACCAACAGCACCCACAGCAUCCCCCACAGCACCCACAUGGACAUCCCCCACCGCAGCACCCUCACCCUCAGCACCACAUGGCCCUCCCCAACAAGGACCACACCCCCAACAUCCGCAUCCCCAGCAUCCUCAGCAUCCUCAGCAUCCUCAGCACCCACAGCACCCGCAACACCCGCACCACGCCCAACAUCCACGUCACCCGUCGCCCCACCAUCGUGGAGGGCCUACCCGAGGACCCCCACAUGCUGGUCAUCGCCCAUCCCCGGACCAGGAUGAUGAGGAGGGCAUAUGGGCAUAAUCCUUGCUGUAACAACCAAAGCUCUAAUAUUGUUUUGAGGGAUGAUUCAGUCACUACUGGAGGAGCACAGCCAUGCCAUGAUGUUGAAACACUACAACUACCAGACCAAACAUUUAUUACCUCCACUCAAUCAACACUCAGCAAUGGGACCUUUUUUUUUUACGGGGAAGCAGAGGGGGCACUGAGGUGUGCAGGUCAGGCAGAGAGACUGACAGCUGAGCAGGUAACGUGGGACCUCUUCUUUGUGUGAAGAAGAGCAGGCUUUCUCCACUUCCUCCAUACAGGACCACACAUACAGGACAGAAUUGGAUUGAAAGAGACAGAUGUUGAUGUUGAUGGAGAGACAGAUGUGCUCUGUGUCAGUUUCUCACUCGGAACUCGGCAUGUGAUCAAGAUGGCGGCCCCGCAUAUCUCUGCCACAGAGGUCUCACAGAAGUCACCUCACCUGUCCGUCACCUGCUGAACACUCCACCUCUACAGGCCAAUGACGCCCCUCUUGAUCCUCCCGUCAGAGAUCUCAUGACUGUCUCCACCCUGCCAGCCCAGUAUUUUUUUCUUCAUCCUUCUGCCUCUGAUUGGUUCAAGAUCAUGGUCGUCUUGCUGUCUGUUUCACCUGCCUGACUGGCUCCUCUGGCUCUGGUUGUCUCACCCGCCUGACUCACUGCCCUGCUGACCCACCUGGUGACAUCUGACCCCUCUACCUGGCUACCAUGACCUUUAGUGUGCAGAAUGUCUUCUGUUGUUUAUUACCUAAUUGUGUUGAUGAGCUAUAUUUACCCUUUGUAGCACACAGUGACCUCUUUUUUACCUUUAUACAUGUCCCACCCACCAUACCUUUCUAGAGAAGCUCAUGUUCAGCAUCUCUAAAAGUGAUGCUUGCUUUUUCCCCAAAACCACGUAGAGUCUAGUAUGUUCCACACACCCUAGAUUUGAGUGGUUUUAUGUUUUCUGUUUUUUUGUUUGUGUUUGUUUGUUUUUUGUUGGCAAAAGAAAGAGCUUUGAGCUGACUGAGCACGCCUUUAGCCUCGCCUGCAGCAUCUGGGAUUUCCCUGGCUGCAUGAGUGGGGCCCUCCAGUUCUUGGGCUUGUUUUGGCCUUAAGGCUGUGGUUGCCAUCAAUGUUUCUCUUCAUGUUACCUCAUUUUAAUCAGAAGUAGUAAAAAAAAAAAUCAAUCUAUGCAGAUGACGAUGUAGAGUGAAUACAUUUUUUUAUUUACCAUCUUUACUCCAGUUGAUCAAAGUGUAAUUAACCAUCCAAUCAGAGCGGCCAAGAGAGUGGUCAGAAAAUAUUCAUCAGUCAGAUUAUUUUGAGUUUCCGAGUCUAUGCACCUAUGCACCUCCUCCGUGUUGCAGGAAUUUUUACUAAUGGUGCUUCUGCUGGUGCUCAAACUAAAUGGAGAUCUGAUCAAGAGCAUCUUUUCGUCCUUUUACAGUAGAGGGACUCGAUCCCACAACGGGCUUCAUAAACAACUGUAGAAGAUUGCUUUGUACAUACGAUUUGACAACGGGGAGCUUUGUGAGCGACGAUCACUACAAGACCCACGCAGAGGUGAUUUCCCUCUACGAAUACUGCUACUAUAAAUAUCAUAAUAGACUAUGAAGUGGAGGCGGUGUUCAGUAGAUGUUUUCCCUGCAGGUCUAUUUGUGCCAUUGACACAGUCUCUGACCUACAGUAUGCUCCUGCUCCCCCUCCCUUGUAAUACUCCUCUUCCAGCAGUAGUCUGUGUGACCUCCCUAAACAUAGUGACUUGUUUUCUCCUUCUCAACAAGGUGGCCUGUGCCUCAUAAAAAAACUGUACACAUAUAUGAUAGAUAUGCAUAUAUUAUACAUAUAGAGAGAAAUCUAUAGAGUGUGUCUAUACGUGGUCAGAAAAUCGUUUCAAACUGACGAGAUAAUCUAUGUUUUUUCUUCAUGGUUAUUUUUCUAACUGGCUGGAGGUCAGAGAGAUGUCUUAUUUAGAGCGUUGAGUGGAGUGAUUUUCCUCUGAUUUGUACAUUGUGAGAAAACCCCUCAGCAGCAAGUUAACAUUCCCUGUCUGAAAAUACAGGACAGCCCGAGAAAAAAAACAAAGAGCUUAUGGGAAAUAGAGAAGCGUAUCCAAAUCUAUCUAGAAGUCUAGUAAAGAUGACAUUAUUACAUUCCUUUCUUAUUGUGAAAACAUUUGUUGACACUCAGUUGAAGACCACUUGGCCUGUGGUGACAACUUAGAAUAAAAAAUAUAUAUAUAUAUAUAUUUUGCAGCUCACAUAAGUAGCAAUGAGAUUAUGUCUGCUGUACAUAGCAGUCAGGAACUUGCACUUGUGAGUGAGGACUAUCACUAUUAACAUCCAAGUGGAGGUUUGAGUGACUCUGUCAGGAUGCAUUUCUUUCGAGUGUUUGUCGUUGUCGUCGUCGUCUUGUAAAAAGAAGUGGUGACGUAUGUGACCGUGACAGCUGAUUAAGUAGAAAAACCAACACACGUCGUUACAGUAUAGUGGCAAAAAGAAUUAGACUGUUACUAACCCCCCCCCCAUCUCUUCCUCUCCCUCCCCUCAUGGUGCCUGUGUGACUCCCUUAUAUGGCCAAGUGUUGAUUGUUGUAUAUAAAUGUCUUUUCCCCCCAUCGUCCCAUGUUCCACAAACUGAAGAUGAUCCAUGCAUCAUCUUAGUCUGCUUCCCACAUGAACCUUACAGCUCCUGUCACUGACCAAGAAUCGCCAGAUUGUGUGAAACCUUGGUGUUUGUGUUUACAAAUCUCCUAAUUUGGAUUAAAAAAAAAAAGAAAAGAAGGGAAGACAAUGCAAACAGACAGAGGAGCAAAAAUCCUCUCACUUCACCAUCAGGGGGGCGGAGUGUGAAUCCUCCAUUUUCAGGUCCUUAUCUACUGAAUACUUGAAGUAGGGGGUUCUCCUACCAUGAAAUAGCAUAUAUGAUUUACAUGGUAGAAAACAUGGAACAUUUCAAUUGUGCCCAUGCAUGCUGAUUUUUACAUAACGUGCCAACUGAAAGUGAUGAUGUAAGGAUAAUCUCCUGUUCUCUAUGCAGAGCGAUUUCUCAACCGUUGUGUUGAAAAGGUUUAGGAGACACAGAGGCUUAGAGGCUGGGGCUGGUUUCCUGGGCUUAGACGUACUUUAAUAAUCCUGGUCGUGAAUGACUGACACCCUGCACGGGGUGUAAGGCGGAGUCAAGAAGUCAAGUUUGCAUCUGUGUCUAGAAGCAGCUGUGUAGAAAGGCAUAAACUCGUGGUGAAAGGCCUGCGGAUUCACCAGUCAUUUUCAAGGGCCUUUAAAAAAAAAAAAAAGUAUAAAAAGCCUAAACCACAUUUUCACUUUAUUGUUGUAUACAGGUUUUUUUUUUUCUUUUAUUGUAUGUUGCUGAAAACUAUGGAUCAAACAAAUCACUGUGACCAAUGCCAGAAACAUUUUUGUUUGACAGAACAAAUAUUGCGUUUACUUUUUUUAUUCAUUUUUUUGUAUUUAAGUUAGCUUUAUAUUUUCUAUUGUUUCAGCUUAUUGAAUAUGCCAGUUUGAGACUGUACUAUUUGUAUAAGUAAAUGUUUUGAGCUGUACAGUAAAGACCUAGGAACAAGUUAAAUGUGAGUGUCCAGCAUGCUGAAUGAUUUACUUGUGUGAACGUGACCUAAUUUCCCAUGAAGCAUCAUUCCUCAUACAUUAAUUGCAUCCGCAUCGUGCAUUGUGACGGUGUGAUGUUGUGUUUGAGAGUGAUGUGUGUCUCACUUACUGUGUCCCCUUAGUAGACAGCCUGUGCAGUUUUGUGAGAGUGCAGCAUGUUUUUGGGGUUGCUGGUGUAAAUGUAUUCAGAAAAAGAGAGAUGUGUGUGUGUGUGUGUGUGUGUGAGCGUGUGUGCACAAAUGCGUUUCUUGUUUUAUGGCUGUGUGUGUGUCUGUAUGUCUGGAUGUGUGUGUCUCUGUCUGUCUGUCUGUGUGUGUGUGUGUGUGUG